AUGCAAACAAUAAAAUGUGUUGUUGUCGGUGAUGGUGCUGUUGGCAAGACGUGUCUUUUAAUCUCUUACACAACAAAUAAAUUUCCGUCUGAGUACGUUCCUACGGUUUUUGACAAUUAUGCCGUUACAGUCAUGAUUGGCGAUGAACCGUAUACAUUGGGUUUGUUUGAUACAGCUG